AAGGGUAUCAAUGAUGGAUACGCCAAACUUGCUCGACGAUACGUAAAGCUAUUCAAAGAUGUGUUGAAAACAGAGCGAGUAAAGAUUCAGCCAGGAAUUGGACGAACAUUUUGCCGGAAGUGCAAACAAAUGUUUGUUGCUAAGGUACGCCUUUUUCCUGUUUAUUCGAAAGAGAUGAAGCAAGCUGAGACAUUAAUACGUGCAUCGAAUGCACGACUAUGUCCUUCAGUUAUUCAACCGGUCAAGUGCAAAUUUGGAGAAAAGUGCACCUUGAUGCACGACAUCCCGACAUUCCUCACUAAAAAACCGGCUGAUAUCGGCGACACCUGUCCUUUGUUUGAAGCAAGAGGUACAUGCCCCUUCAGCUAUGCCUGCAGAUUUGGAAAUGCUCACAUAGACUCUUCAGGAAAACAGUUAUCCAAGGAACCUUCAGUCCCAUAUGAGGAGACAAUGAAUUGUUCAUCAAUACAUAUUCAAAUAGCUCUGCGAAAGAAGACAUACGACUUCUCGCGGUCAGACAGUGUCGUCAAUGCUAUCAAAGAAGGGCGUAUCGGUGCUAUGGAAAGCGAGGAAACUAAACUCGAUAUGAAGACUUUGAAGGGGAAGAAGUAUCUGGCUCCCCUUACUACUGUGGGAAACCUUCCAUUCCGACGUCUUUGUGUGAAGCUUGGGGCAGAUAUCACUUGUGGUGAAAUGGCAAUGGCAACUAGUCUUCUUUCAGGUACACCGUCAGAGUAUUCACUGGCGAAGCGUCACCCUUGCGAAAAAAUCUUCGGAGUUCAACUGGCUGGUGGGUUUGCGGAUUCCAUGGCAAGAGCUGCACAAAUUCUAGUUGACGAAAUGAAAGUUGAUUUCAUUGACGUGAAUAUGGGUUGCCCCAUUGAUGUUGUUAAUCAAAAAGGGGGAGGGUGCGCUUUGCCCAACAGGCCGAAUAAAAUGAUCGAAGUCCUUUCUGCCAUGCGAUGUGUGAUGGGUGCUGUGCCUCUAACGGUCAAACUUCGAACUGGAAUUCGAGAGGGUGUCCUUACUGCUGAUGAAAGUAUCAGACUUAUGGUCAAUUCACCAAUCGCCAGACCUGACCUAAUCGCUUUUCAUCCUCGAAGCAAGGAUCAACGGUACACAAGAUUGGCAAACUGGGAAUUCGUCAAUCCUUGUCUCAAAGAGUGCGCUGACGUACCGCUGUGGGUUUGCGGCGAUAUACUAAGCUGGCAGGAAUACUAUACUCGUCUUGAAGAGUAUCCGAUUGGAGGGAUAAUGAUUGGACGUGGAGCUUUAAUCAAACCGUGGAUUUUCACUGAGAUAGAUGAGCGAAGAACAUGGGAUAUUUCUGCUACUGAACGACUGGACCUCUUGAAAUCAUUUGUCAAUUAUGGGCUUGAUCACUGGGGAAGCGAUGACGCAGGAGUAGAACGGACACGACGUUUCCUUUUAGAAUGGCUAUCGUUCCAGUGCAGGUAUAUCCCUGUUGGUAUACUAGAACGCAUUCCUCAACGAAUGAAUGACCGACCACCAUUGUAUUAUGGGCGAAACGACCUGGAAACCCUACUGAUUGUAGUAGAUGAUUUUCUAUUCCCUUUUGUGGUUGCGACUGGUGAAUCGCGAGUUUUAGUUUCGAUUUCGGGGGUAAGCCUUGCCAUCAUGAAACGGGAGCCGUCAUCGGCAAUGGACUGGACGUCUAUGAAUGGUGCGGACGCAAAACCUCCCGUGCUUGAUCGUGUAGCUCCAUAUAGCAUCCAAGCCCGCGUCAAUGGAAAUGAAGCAGCGGGAGAUCGAGCUAACCAAGGACAACCAGAAGGUGGUGCCAUUGCGAAUGGUGAAGUAGAUGAGGACCUUCACGCUGCCCCGGGAAUUGAAGUGCGCGGAGAAAUCCGCGUACUUGCACAAACGGUAGUCAUUUCUGAUAUUUCAUUUAUCUCUGAGUCUUUCCGUGUUCAUACCGAAAUAACAGCCCUUCCUCUGUCAUCGGACUUGAGGAGUAUUCACUUACAUCUUGGCUCAUGCGCUCUGCUCCCAAGUGAAGUGGGAGGGCACGGGAAGAUUACAAUCAAUGGUGCAGACUGUGAAUACUCUCGUUUGAUGCAGCCAACGCUUGCUACACAAACUUCCAGUUUCUCGAUCAUGGAAGCUCUUCCUCGAUAUUACAACGCAAUUAAUGACAAGGACGGUACUCGAGAAUGGCUUCCUUGUGUUGAUGCUCCUGAUCAACUAGCUCUUUGGCGUAUUCAUAUUACUUGCGACAGUUGGCUCACUGCAGUAGCCAGUGGUGAUCUUGUGGGCUUCGAUACUGUUGCUGAUAAACGUCUGAGAACGUGGAAUUAUCAACAGCUUAUCCCUACUGCAGCCUGCAGCAUCGGAUUUGCUGUUGGGCAGUUUUCAACUUUCACUCUUCCGGACAUGGCUGAGGUAACCAAUUUCGCUCCUGUCGGUUUGUUAUCCCUGCUGAAGCACACGGUUACUCCUCUGGACAAAAUUCUAGAGUAUUUUGAAGAACUACUAUCCUGCCGAUUUCCUUAUCCCACUUAUAAACAAGUGUUUGUGGAUAUGAUUCCUGAUGAAGUGACUUCUUAUAGCAGUAUGACUCUAUUUUCAAUAAAUACACUUCAUCACAAGAAGAUAAUCGAUGUAGUUCAAGAAUGCAGACAAACGCUCGCGUUGGGUGUUGCGGAACAGUUCUUCGGUUGUUUCAUCUCACCUGCUCAUUUCUUGGAUUCAUUCAUCACAUCUCUCUACAUUGAGAAAAUAUUUGGUACAAGUGAAUACUUGUUUCAAAUGAAAAAGAUCAUGAAUGCGGUAUGCGACUAUGAAUCUCAGUGGGGAAAGAUUAUUCUACGGCCAUCGAGUGAGGGUGCGGCACGUCUGAAUCUGCACUGCGAGCCGCGAUGUGAACAUACCUGCUCUCCUCUCUAUGUGAAGAAUCAAACAAAGAAAGGUCAUUUGGCCAUGCGGAUGCUCAGCAAGAGAUUGGGACAUGAACCCUAUUUCCAGGUGUUACACAAAAUUCUCUCUGUUGGACAACAAAUGGCGGAGCGACGUGAUAGGCCGGCCACCUGGACCCAUCUUGUAAUCUCAACCGAGACCUUCUUCAGAACAGUGACUAAUGUGACUGGACAGGAGAUCCCUACUUUCAUGGAACAAUGGAUUUAUAAUGGCGGGCAUGCCUCUUUCCGUGUGCAAUAUGUAUUUAAUCGUAAGCGUAAUAUGAUCGAACUGGAAGUGAAGCAAAAAGUUGAACCAGGAAAUGGUCGAUUGAGAUAUGUCGGUCCUUUAACGGUUUUGGUGCAAGAGUUAGAUGGUUCGUUCUCCCACACCGUGCAAAUCGACGGAGAUAUUUCUAGAGCAGAUCUCCAAUGCCAUUCCAAAGGUCGUCGCCAGAAGAAGAAGCGUGUUCCUCUAUACUCCGGAGACGACGUGGAGGUCGAUCUCAGCAAUAUGGAUCCGGAUUCUCCCGUUUUGUGGAUUCGGCUUGAUCCUGAGCUUCAUCUCAUCCGUAAUCUUAUGAUUAAUCAGCCGGACUAUCAAUGGGAAUAUAUGCUACGAUACGAGCGCGAUGUGCUCGCACAACUUCAGGCUUUAGAACGAUUGCAGCUCUGUCCUAAUCCUCAGAGUCGGGACGUGCUUCUGGAAACAAUUUCUAACGAAAAUUUCUUCUACAGAAAAACAUACGGUGCCAAAUCUUGCUCGACAAUCCCAAGAUCAAACAAUUUUGUUGUAACUUCUCAGAAUCUUCAACAAUAUUUUUUACAGCAGGUUCUUCCGCAGGCUUUGGCUCGAAUGCGAACAAAUGGCAUGGCUUUGCAAGAAGUGCAGUGCUUCAUUGUCGACUACAUACGUUACAAUGAUAAUUCGAUGAAUAGGUGGUAUUCCGAUGAUCAUUACCGUGCCUCUCUUCUGAAUGCAUUAGCUGCCUGCAUUGCGCCUGUCAAUACCUUAGGUGGUGGUAAUUAUAUACCAGACGCACUUAAUUGGGAAAUGAAUGAAGUUGUGGAGGAAACAACUCACGCUCUGAAUCUAGACACCAUAAAACCUUCCUUUCGACAUGUGGUAGGCGUAGCAGCGCUCACGGUAAUCCAUCAUCUACAACGCAAUGGACACAUACCAUCUGACUCGAAAAUUUUCUGGGUUUUCGCUGCACCAAAACUCUGCGUCAACGUAAGCUGUUUUGAGUUCACUAUCUUUUCUGGUUUUGAGAAGAAGCAGUCAACAAAUGACUUGAUGAGAUUGCUGACUAUGUUAGCCCAAGAUUCUGAUCCAGCUAUUCGACUUCAUAUUGCCACGGAACUGGCACUCUUACCACCGUUCAACACUCAUGAAUGCACGGAUACAGGUCCAACGAAUCCUUGCAAUACGGCCCAAAUAGCCGAAGAGCUAUGGAUGCUAAUGAGCAAACCCUCCUUGGAAUCGAGAGCGAGACUUCUGCUGAUGGAUCUUUUCUUCUCCCUUUAUGGUAUGAGCGCACCUUUUGUGAAAGGUGGCCCUGCAAUGAUUUCUGGCCACCAACGAGCCAAACGCCGUCAUUGUGAUGGAAGACCAGGCGUGGCUAGUUGGCACAACGAUAUCCUUGAUGGAGAACAACCUCCUUCGCCAGAGUCUCGCUCGUUCAACGAAGAUAUUGACAUGCUACAGUAA